AUGAGUGCAAUACUCUCUGCUGACGAUCUAAACGACUUCAUAUCGCCAGGUGUUGCGUGUAUUAAGCCUGUGGAACUGGCGAACCCAGAUACUCAGGAAGCAGGAGAGGUGGAGAUCCAGAUUGAUGAGAACGGGAAUCCACUUGAGAUCUCCAAGAUUGACGGCAAAGCUGCUGCUCUUUCACCAGCUCAGAUCUCUUUAGCUGACUGCCUUGCAUGUUCUGGCUGCAUCACUUCUGCUGAGGAGGUGCUUGUUGCACAGCAUUCACACGAACAACUACUAAAAGCCAUCGAAGAGAACCAGACUUCGAAUAAGAUCUUUGUUGCUAGCAUUAGCCACCAGUCUAGAGCCUCCUUGGCCCAGGCAUAUGGCUUCUCGGUUGAGCAAAUGGACCGUCUUUUGGUCAACUUGCUAGCUAAUCAAAUGGGGUUCAGAUAUGUGGUAGGAACCGCUUUGGGACGCAAACUCUCCUUGCUUCAGGAAGCACAGGGCAUGUUUGCUAGGAAGAACUCAGGAGGCGAGAAUAAAUCUCCUGUUUUGCUGUCAAUAUGCCCUGGAUGGGUCCUAUAUGCUGAAAAGACCCAUCCAUACGUGUUGCCCAUGCUUUCAGCUACAAAGUCCCCUCAACAGAUCACUGGCUGCCUUCUCAAGACACUCGUGGCAAAGGAUUUAGGCGUGUCACGAAGCGACAUCUAUCACCUUUCUAUCAUGCCUUGCUUUGAUAAGAAGUUGGAGAGCGCAAGGCCAGAAAACACUCCAGUGGAAACGGCUGCGCCAGAUGUGGAUUGUGUCUUGACCGCAAAAGAGCUCGUUAACCUUUUGGAGAGUCUGAAGUACGAGCUCCUUCCCUCAAAUUCAUCAAAAAUCGUCUCACAGAACAGCAAUAUCUAUCAGCAAAUGGCCCCUGCUUCAUGGCCUUAUAAGGAGCUCACUUGGGCCAACGAUUCAGGCUCCCAGUCUGGUGGCUAUGGUUUUAACUACCUUAUGCUUACGCGUAACCACAUGGUCUGUACGGAGCCAGAUGUUUAUCAUGAAGAGGACUUUGAGGUAGUAACGGUGGAGGGCCGUAACUCUGAUACAUAUGAGAUGAGACUCAUGCAUAAGCCGAGUGGCGAGAAAAUUGCAUCAGCAGCCGUUGUGAACGGCUUCAAAAACAUUCAAAACUUGGUUCGAAAGCUCAAACCCGGCCCAGGAGGAGCUGCCAAACAAGGAAAAGUAAACCCGCUCGCAGCAAGGAGAAGAGCUCGAAUGGGCGCAAAGUCUGGAGCAGGUCUGGAAACUGCGCUGGAGACGGUAGAUGCCUCUAAAUGCGAUUACGUAGAGGUGAUGGCGUGUCCAGAUGGAUGCAUUAAUGGCGGUGGACAGAUCACACGCCCACAGGAUGUGACAGAAAAGGAGUGGCUUUCUCAAGUCAAGGAUAUUUAUCAAAGCAUUGGCACAGUGGAUCUUUCGAGCAUGGAUAACACAAAGAUGGCAGAAGAAAUAGAGAAAUGGGCACAAGGAUUUUGCGAGGAGAGCAGCAUCCCCUCCGAGCGACUCUUUGUUACACACUUUAACGAGGUUGAGAAGCCCACGGAUCCCAACGCUGUGCUUUUGGGAGCAAAAUGGUAA